CUUAAUGCUUACGACAACGCGGCAAAACCCUGUGGCUCACCACUUGGUGGGCUAGCGCAGGCACAGUUGCGAGGCUCUAAACAUGGGGUCCGGUAACAGACGGGCACGUCGACGAGGAUUACUUCUGCCGAUGGCGUGAGAAGCGCCGGGACGGUUGAACAGCCAUCAAUAGAUGUCGGAUGGUGGGGAAAAGGCAGAUGUCUCGGAUACAAAGAGUCCACGGCCGAGCGUCCAUGUUUCAAGCAAGAUCUUGCAGAAGCUUUCAGCACACUUGCGUACUUUUAUGCAGCCCCGAAGCUUGAACGGUGUUUCAGGAGCUGUGUUGUUCCCAUCCCGUCCAGUCAAAUCCCGUAGCCGGACGGUGUUCCGUGCGCUAAAACCGGACGAGGUGCAGCAUGCAUCAUCCCAUCUCGGUCGUCAGCGCUGGACAUCCGGGAAAUGGGUGGCUGCUGUGACGACGCCCGGCCUGCAUCAUGCUGCAUGGCUCGAAUGCAACGAGUGUGGCGAUGCAGCAGUGUCCAUCGUUCGCAGAUCUGCGUGCUUCACUGCUGCGAAAAUCAAAUCCGUUGGAUGGAUCAACCCGCACUACCAUUCACGGACAAAAAUAGUUUCGGUUUGCCACCUGCUCCAAGUGGAGCUUGGCUCUAUCGUCCGGUCAUCCAUUGCAUAGCACCCCCGGUGAUCGUCGAUGCCAUGACGACAGGCUUGUAUUUCUCUUCGCAGUCUCGUCUGGUGUAUACAUUGCAGAAUGGACGUAAGAACAGGGGUGCGUGGCUUCAUCACAGGUGUGUUGAAUGAAUGAGUGGUGAGGGUGCGCCGCG